CUUGACAACCUGCGUUCACUUCCGAUUUCUACCUACCAUGCGUACAUAGUUCGUAUCUUCACACCUACCGCUACCCGACACCGCGACUCUCCCGCGCACGAUGGCGUCUCUCCCGCAGCAGCGCCCCGCGUCGCAGCGCACAGCGUCGCCCUCAGCUGAGGCUGCGGCGUCUUCACACCAGGAAGAGGCGACUCGCAGUAGCAGCUUCUCCGCCGCCUCAGUAGAUUCGCAGACGCUUCUGCUGAGUUCGCCACAAGUGCACGCUACCGAUAGCAAGCAGGACGACGCACCGCAACAAAGCGCUGCGCCACAGCAGCAAGAGGAAGAGGAGCCGCGGAAGUGCUGGAUCUGCUUCAAUGAUGAGACAGAAGACGACGCCACGACCUCGGAGUGGCGCUCGCCGUGCACAUGCUCACUGGUGGCGCACGAGAAGUGCCUGCUGGACUGGAUCGCAGACAUGGAGGCUCCCAGCGCAGGCCGGCGAGCUGGGCGUAAGGCUGGCAAGAUCCUCUGUCCGCAGUGCAAGACGGAGAUUCGCGUAGAGAGGCCGCGCAGCGUGGUAGUAGACUCGGUGCGCGUGGUGGAGAAGCUGGCGGGCACGCUGCUGCUGCCUGGCGUGGCCUUUGUCACCGGCACAGCGCUAUACUCGACGCUGACGCUUGCUGGCACGAGCAGCAUCUACACCAUAUUCGGGACACAGGAUGCGACGCAGAUACUCGCGCCGCUAUACCAGGCGCCCAACCCUGGCAUGCCGUCGUCGCUGGCGAUACGGCUGAUUGAUCACCUGCACCACCACUGGAGACUCGACGUUGGGCUGCCGCUGAUACCUGCCGUUCUCGUGGCCAGCCGAACCACACUCGCUGACUCGUUCCUCCCGUUCCUCCCUCUUAUUUUCUUCGUCAGCUCAGGCCAACCCGGCGACGAGAUGCUGCAGCUCCAGUGGCCUCCGAGUGCUGCAUUCUCAUUCGCGGCCCUGCCCUACCUGCGGGGCUUCUAUAAUGCAUAUUACGACCGCGUCUGGGCGCCACGGGAGCAGCGGUGGCUCAAAGAGAUCCAACCCCGUGCAGGCACCGAGGAUGCUGCAGAGGAAGGAAACCUGCAGUUCCAGCUCGGCGAGAUGCACGAUCACGGUGACCACGACCAUGAUCAUCACCAUCAUGACCACGAUCACGAUGGAGACGAGGUCCUCGAGUUUGAGGUCGAUUUGGACAUUCUUGGUGAAUGGAACAAUGGCGGCGCGCACGACGACCAUGACCACGACCACGACCACGACCACGACCACGACCACGACCACGACCACGACAUUGCCGAGCCAGCACAGCCAGCAGAGCCAGCACACCCCUUGAACGCACCUCCACUAGACAAUGCACCCCAAGUCCCCGAGCAAGAAGCAGCGCCCGCGCCAAACGUCCCCGCCCAGCCUCAGCGCCAGCGCGCUCGCCGCGAACUCGCAUUCUCUACCACCUCGCUCGUCGACACCAUCCUCGGCGCUCUGAUCUUCCCCUCCAUCGCCGCCACCAUGGGCGAGCUCCUCCGCAUUUCCCUCCCCACAGCCUGGGUCACGCUGCCCCAAGGCGCCAUCACCACAUCCUGGCUCGGCGGGUGGCUAGGCGCUGGCGCACUGCAGGGCGGAAAGGGCAGGCCAACUGGCUUCCUACAGACGCGCUGGGGCAGGAGUCUGAUUGGCGGGUGUCUAUUUGUCGGGAUCAAGGACGCGGUGAUGCUGUAUGUGCGCUGGAAGAUGGCGCAGAAUCACCGACGGAGAAAGGUCAUGGAUCACGAGAAGAAGAAGGGGGGAAGUGCACGUGCUUAGAAGGUCGUGUGCGCUGAUAUAGUAAUGGUAUAGCUCGCCUCUCCAUGAUCAAAGCCUACAGUACAUACGUGCGAAGUACUUUGUGAAUGAGAUGCUCCCGAGCGAGUCAGCGAUGAGAUCCGGAUAUACCGCUUCUGGCUAGGCGGUGGGUGCUGAGCCGAGGAGCUGGGGUGAGCGUGCUCGGCUACUCCGCUUUUCGAGCGUCAAGUAGACGGUGCGUCGGGUUUAUGUACUGCACCUGCCCAUUGCCUUGUCUGA